AUGCUGGGCGGUGUUACUCUCAAAAAGGUUUCGUCCCGCGCGUUCUCUCAGACUGCAGGAACAUGGGCGUAUACCAUCAGUGAGACUCUCGCACCAAAGAAGCUUGGUGAAUCGUCGAAGCACCAGCCUCGAUGGUCCCGUCAUGAACAUCCUGUCACAAACGUCCUCCCUGCUGCACAUCGCAAGACGUCGCACCUCGAGCCAUGUCGUCGCAGUCUCUGUCAAAGCCGUGUGUAUUCUACCAGUAACACGACUGGGUCCCCAUCUGACGACAAGGAAUCCAUAUUCUCUCCCAUGCAAUCGCCGUGGGACCACGUAUUUGAGAAUAUCGACGACUCGCCCCCCGUAGUCCCCUCCGUCCGCGGACCGCAGCCGCUGGCCAAAAACACGCUGUCUCGCGCCCCCCGCCGGCAGACGAUGACCGCACGCGAGAUCACCGCGUUCGACGAGAUGUUCAACAUGAUCUUCUCCGCGGUCGAGGAGCAACAGCACCUGAAGGCGGCGGACGGGCACCCGCGCUCGCUCUCCGCCGCGAUCGGGCGCGGGCGCACGCCGCGGCUGCAGCUGGGCGACCUCUUUGGGCAGCUGCGGCGGCAGUCGCGGCGACAGAAGUGGACGACGGAGGCGGACGAGGAGCUCGACCGCAAGAAGGAGGAGAUGGAGCUCUGCGACACCGACCAGCAGCUGCUCGAGUGGGCGAUGCGCGAGGUGUUCGGCGAGUCGCGGCGGUACGAGGAGAACGCGCGCCGCGCGAUGGAGGACCCGGCGCACGCCCCGGCCGGGCUCGUGCAGCUCCAGCCGCAGUCGUACCCGCACCUCCUCUCGCUCCUCAUGCGCACGUUCCGCGAGCGCUACGCAGACCCCCACCUCGCGUUGUCCAUCUUCGACCAUGCGCGCCACCUGUCGAUCCCGUCGUUCGUCUUUGGGUGCACCACCCCUGCGUACAACGAGCUGAUCGAGACCCGUUGGCGGUGCUUCCGCGACCUGCGGGGCGUGUGCGACGCACUCGAGGAGAUGCGCGUCAACGGCGUCGAGAUGGACAACCGGACGCGCAGCCUCGCGGAGAUGAUCCGGAGGGAGGUCGGCGAGCGCAACCUGUGGCAGGAGGAGAGCACGGUGGGCAGCGGGGAGGUGUGGGACAUGGUCAACCGCGUCGAACGGCUCACCGCGAAGGAGGUGCCCAAAACGCACAGUCGCAGCAGGGCACAGUCGAUAAUGAAACGCAAGAAGUUCUUGCCCGCCUACGAUACGUGGAAAAAGAAGGCACUUCAGGGCAAUGAACCGGACGACGACUGGGUGUUCGGUGAAUGGGAUUCACCCAAGACCAAGGUCGCGCCUCAAGCGGCCUAA